GAGAUUUAGUUUGAUGUGUUUGAGAUGGAGAUUGCAUUUUUUUGCUCAGGGGUUCACUCUUUAAACUCGCUUCAAAUUUUGUGUUGGAGAAGCAGCAAUAUAACCUGAAAGAGACCUCUAAGUGUUACCCUGAUACACACAAGUCCAGAACAAUGGAGCAAGUGGAAGUGACUAAAACAGAUGUUGAAAGGAAAGUGGACAGAGUCUUGAAGAUCAUCAAGAGGGAAAGCGGGAAAAAGGAGCCAGAACUCAUUGGGCUUGUUGAGGACUUUCACAGAGACUACCAGUCACUUUAUGCCCAAUAUGAACAUCUUAAACGAGAUUCCGGCGAUAAAGCUCUCAAAGGGAAAGGAAAUGGAAGUUCUCCCUAUUAUUCGUCCGACUCGGAAUCAGAAUACUACUCCCCUAUGGAUGUAGAAAUCGAAACUGACACUGCAUUCGAUACCAAUAGAAGUUCCCCUAGAUGGACGGCCAACAACAUCAAGGAAGAACUUAAAUGGCCAUAUGGAGAAGAAGCGGACCUGAGACACGAAUUUGCCUCGAGGACCAAAGAGAAAGAAGCUUUAGCUUCAGACCAUAUGGCUGCAUCAAUUAAAUCACAAGAAAUAGAAACCUUCAAUAAAGAUGAAGUAACUAGCUUGAAAACUGAGCUGGAACCGUUGCACCAUGAGAGAAGAGAUUUGGAAGUUCGGAUUGAUGGUAAGAUGGAUGAAAACAAACAGCAAGGAGAGAAAAAUAAGGCAAUGUUUGUGCAGAUUCCGGAGGAAGGAGAUGAAGUAAGUAAACUCAUGAAGCAAAUCAAAGACAAUGAAAACAAUCUAACAUCUAGAAUUAGUGAAUCAAUGGUACAGGUCUGCAAUCUGAAAAAGGAGGUGGACUUUUUACGUGCCCAACAAUUUGAUGCCCGGGGAAGUAUAACAUGUGAAAGCAAUGAAUCAUUUGAUAUGACGAAUGUAAUGAAGCCGGAAUGUGGUUCCCUACAUGACCAGAAAACCAAAUUAGAGAUUCUACUCGAGAGGAAAUCCAAAGAAAUAUCCCGGUAUCGGGUUCAAGUGAAGUCCUUGAAAGAGGAAAUAGCAAGAAAGAGUGCUUUUGAGCUGACAAAGGUGGAAGAAAAACGACGGUUACAGGUGCAGGUUAUGCACUUGGAAUCGGAGGUGGAUGCUCUAAGCAAACAGAAAAUUAAAUCAGAAGACGAAUUUAGGAGUUAUAUUCAUGAAAUCAAUCAACUGAACGAGGAAAAUAAUCACCUGAAUUCCAGAAUUCUGGCAUUGGAAGCACUAUUUAGAGAAAGGGGCCUUGAGCUUUCAGCUCAAGAAAGCAAAAGUAGAAGGGUUAACAAAACUGCUCGGAUGUAUCCCAUGGAGAUGGAUAAAAAGGUGGAGUUGCAGAUCACCGAUCAGCAGAGAAUGAUGAAACAAAUAGAGGAAAAUACUUACAACUCUAAGCUUUUCAAACAAUUGUCUAAAGGAAACAAGCCUACUUAUCAUAUCCUAGAAAGAAAGAUGGAGGAUUUAGCACAAGAGUUCUACCAGAAAGUCGACGAUAACAUCACACUUUUGAGCCUCAGGAUCGCGGUUGCUGAAAAAACACAUUAUGACAACAAAGAGAGUUACAACAACAUAAAGGAAAGGCUAGAGCAAGAAAAUGAAGCACUAAAACAAAAGCUUGUCACUUGUGAAGCAGAGCUAGUUAAGCUGAAGGAUGAUGCAGCGGCUCGUUCGAGUUUCAUAGUGAACAAUUUACAAGUCCAUGAAAAUCCUGCAACUCGAAUUCUGAAAGCCGUGGGAGAGCUUGUAUCUACUAAGAAAAAUAGAAAAGAAAAGUUGAGGAGUAAUGUGGAUUUAUUCGUGGCAGAAAUGGACAAGGUGAACAAGAGGUCGUUAAACGAGGCUGUCUCGAAUUCGGAAGCUAGGCUGUACGAGGAAGAAGAACAAAAGUCGAAGCUGUUGAAAGCUGUGAGUCUGCUUGAACAUAGAGUGGUGGAAUUGGAGAAGAUCAACAACGAAAAAGAUGAGACAUUGUUGAGUCGUGCAGAAGAGAAGAGGGAAUCCAUAAGGCAGCUUUGUUUGCUGAUAGAGUACCACCGUAGCCGAUGCGACCAUCUCAAGGAGUUGGUCUCAAAGUUGAUUGUUAGAACCAAUAAGAAGACAUGA